AGAAUCAAAAUUACAAGGGCCAUGGAUUAUCAAAGGGAAAAGAGCGAGAGCAGAGAGCUUCAAUCCGAUUCAAGACCACUCUCGUGAAUACUCUCAUGGAUGUCCUUCGCCACAGGCCGGGCUGGGUAGAAGUAAAGGAGGCGAGCAGCAGUAGGUAGGAAGGAGACAAGAAAGUACACGCCCUGCCCUUGAAGGACACAGCCCAGAAGUCCCUCACAUUGGCCAGACUUAGCCUAGCUGCAAGAGAAUCUGGAAAAUGUAGCUUUUAUUUUGGAAAAUGUGGAUUACAUUUCCCCAGCACCUCCUCUCUGCACCCCAGCUCUGGCGUCGGAUUCGGUAGAUUAGCCUGGGUGUCAGGAGGCAUCAGGACCCCGUGUGGCCGAUACCCCGGUUGUUCAAAGGGAACCCAAAGGAAGCCGGCAGCCUGGAUUUGUUGAAGGGGACUGGGAUUUCUACUGGUGUGACGUCAGCUGGCUCCGGGAGAACUUUGACCACACCUACAUGGACGAACAUGUGCGGAUCAGUCACUUCCGAAACCACUACGAGCUGACGCGCAAGAACUACAUGGUGAAGAACCUGAAGCGGUUCCGGAAGCAGCUGGAGCGCGAGGAAGGGAAGCUGGAGGCAGCCAAGUGCGACUUCUUCCCCAAAACCUUUGAGAUGCCAUGCGAGUACCACCUGUUCGUGGAAGAGUUCCGCAAAAACCCGGGGAUCACCUGGAUCAUGAAGCCUGUAGCCCGGUCGCAGGGAAAAGGCAUUUUCCUCUUCCGGAGGCUGAAGGACAUCAUGGACUGGAGGAAGGGCACCGCUGGGAAGAAGCUCACCAGCUCAGAGGCCCAGCCAGCCCGGAGCGCUGUCAAUCCACCCGGAGGCCAUGACGCAAGAAGUUCUGAUGACCAGAAGGAUGAAAUCCCCGUGGAGAACUACGUAGCUCAGCGCUAUAUCGAAAACCCCUACCUGGUAGGAGGCCGCAAGUUUGACCUGCGCGUCUACGUGCUGGUGAUGUCGUAUAUCCCGCUGCGGGCCUGGCUGUACCGGGACGGCUUCGCCCGAUUCUCCAACACCCGCUUCACACUGAGCAGCAUCGAUGACCAGUAUGUUCACCUCACCAAUGUCGCUGUGCAAAAGACCUCUCCUGACUACCAUCCAAAGAAGGGCUGCAAGUGGAUGAUCCAGCGCUUCCGCCAGUACCUGGCGUCCAAGCAUGGGCCGGAGGCGGUGGAGACGCUCUUCAGCGACAUGGACAACAUCUUCAUCAGGAGCCUGCAGAGCGUGCAGAAGGUGAUCAUCAGCGACAAGCACUGCUUUGAGCUGUACGGCUAUGACAUCCUCAUAGACCAGGACCUCAAACCGUGGCUCCUGGAGGUCAACGCAUCCCCAUCGCUGACAGCCAGCAGCCAGGAGGACUAUGAGCUCAAGACCUGCCUUCUGGAAGAUACCCUGCAUGUCGUGGACAUGGAGGCCAGGCUCACAGGAAGGGAGAAGCGAGUGGGAGGCUUUGACCUCAUGUGGAAUGAUGGCCCUGUCAGCCGAGAAGAGGGGGCUCCUGACCUGUCAGGGAUGGGGAAUUUUGUGACCAACACACACCUUGGCUGUGUCAACGAUCGGAAAAAACAGCUGAGGCAACUGUUCCGCUCCCUUCAAAGCCAGAAGAAAGCCUCCAGUUAGUCCCCGCGGUGGGGAGGAAAGCGACCCUGGGAGGUGCCAGCACAGUCCUCUCCCCCCUCUUUCCGGCACAGCGGUGCCUCCAAGCACUCACCUCCCUCCCUCUGGCCUGGCAGCAGCGUUGCUGCUUACUGCUUGUUCCAGGUCCCCUGGAUGCCCCCACCUGGGCACCUCUGCACCAGGAGACGGCCGAUCCCUGGGACUGGAUGCGUAUUAACCUUGAGGGAUUGGCCUGGCCAUCGGGCCUGACAAGGACAACCGCAGCAAGUUCUGCUACCCCAGAGAGAUCCUGUCGAAUAAAUGAGAACAGACCUCACUCGGAGUCACUGGGCACUGGGCCUGGCUCAGGGCAUGAUGCUGACCGGAGCCAGGCCCUCCUGGCUUUGAGCCUUUGAUGUCUUGAAGGUCAGUGCUUAAAACGAGCCUUCAGGAGCAAGGGGUCAGGGGCUAGGGAACUGGUCUUAAGGUGUGCUUGCAAAGCAAGCACUUACUGGAUUACUCGGGGUCUGGGGAAAGGCUGAGCCCUAAAUACACCUUUCCCUCCAUGCAACACCCUGACUUGGCGUGUCAGGAAUUCAUGGAGCUCCCCUGACCAUCUUAACAUCAACAGGCCAGAGCAUCCUUGUUUUUCAAGUGGACAAGGUAAGGAUCGGGGAGGCCAAGCUGCUUAGCGAGGGUCUCUGCAAAGGUGCACUUGGGAGGCAGCUAGGUGAUGUGGGGCCUCUACGCACCUUCCCGAGGUUGGGAGCUGAGCUUUUUAAGCCAGAAGGCCUUGGCCUGGCCAGCAACGGGAUACGGCUUGGGGAGUUGGGCGCAAAUGAAAGUUCUGCAUUCUCUACACAUUCCACCAUUCCUAAGCCUCUUGUUGGUUUAAGAGAGACUGCAGCAGAGUGGGCUGUGGGCAAAUUGCUCCACGGGGGACCGCCUAGGAGAGCCCAGGCAGCUCCCGCUGCAACUCUCCCCCCUGCAGGACAGUUCUUUUGGCUGCAAAUAGCAGAAGGGGAAGGGGAAGGGAUUUUUGGAAGGAAAAAUACCGGCAGACCCAAGAAGUGAACCAGUGGCCUUGGGAAGGCCAGAAGCUAGGCCACUCUGGGCCUCCUGCCUCAGAGCGUGGGAACCUCCUUCCACCCAUGUGACUGAGGCAAGGCCAGACAGCCCUGGACACAGGUUCCUCAUUUCCAGGACAGCCAACCUGACCGGCUCCUUUGGCCAAGCAUCCACCCUGCCACACAGGCAGGGACAACGUUCAGACAGAAG